GGAACCAAUCCAGGAGACUUCAAAAGCAACACAUGUACGUCAGCACCCGGCGAGGACAUCUUCCACCUCCACCGCCACCUUCAGAUCGGGCGAGGGUCAUCCCACCCCCGCAUUUCGACUGUGGGAUGGGCAUCCCAAGUUGACAGUAAGGACCAGACCCUUGGUAUUGCAUAUGUAAGUGAUCAUGCCGAAGCCUUGACAGUUGUUGCUUUCUUUCUUGAUGAGAUCCAACAACUUGGGCUGUAUCUUUAAUCAGCAUAUCUCUCAAAAACGCAACGAUGAGCGUGCUGUACUUCACUCUGGCCGUAUUGGGCUUGUUAUUAGGCGCCGUACGACUACUCUCGAUAGGUCGCAGGCCGAAGUCUUAUCCACCAGGACCACCCACUCUGCCAGUCCUUGGGAACCUUCAUCUGAUGCCAACUCGAGAUGCUCACCUGCAAUUCGAAUCCUGGGCACGAGAGUAUGGUCCGGUGUACAGCUUAAUGUUAGGAACCAAGGUGUUGAUCGUGCUAUCGAGCGAUGAAGCCGUCAAGGAACUUCUCGAUAGGAGGAGUGGCACUUAUUCUGAUCGACAGGAUAUGUACAUUGGCCAGACUUUGUGCAGUGGAGGUUUGAGGUUACUAAUGAUGAGGUAUGGCGCGAAAUGGAGAGGGUUUCGCAAGAUGGUCCACAACCUUCUGAACAUCACUACUUCCCGGGAGUACGUCCCUUAUCAAAUGCUUGAGAAUAAACAAAUGCUGUUUCAACUUCUCGAGCAACCUCAGGACUUUCUCAAGCAUAUUCGACGCUACUCUAAUGCGCUCACCACCACAAUGGUCUUCGGCUGGAGGACACCCACCUAUGAAGAUGAAGAUAUGAAGCAGCUCUUCGAAGGGUUCUCCGAGUUUGCGGAGAUCAACCAGACCGGCACGGCUGGACUGAUAGACUUCUAUCCUAUCUUACGGAGACUUCCUGAGUUCUUGCUCCCGGUGCAGAAGAAAGCGAAGACACUUCAUAAGCAUGAGAAACGGCUGUACCUUAAGCACUGGUUGAACGCCAAACAUGCGGUAGAAAAGGGUGUGAUUCAGCCCUGUUUCUGCGAAGGAAUGGCCGCAGCACAGAAAAAAGAAGCAUUUGACGACGACCAAGCCGCGUACAUCUCUGGUACCCUCCUGGAAGCUGGGUCUGACACCACUUCGAGCACAUUGUACGCCUUUGUGCAAGCAAUGUUGCUGUAUCCUGAGGCACAGAAAAAAGCACAAGCUGAGAUUGAUAGAGUGGUUGGAGACAGGCUACCGACCAUGGAUGAUGAACCCAGUCUGCAGUACAUCCGUGCGUGUAUCAAAGAGACACUACGCUGGAUGCCGACCACGAUCCUCGGCGCUGUGCCACACGCCGUAGACAAGGACGAUGAAUACAUGGGAUAUCUCAUACCCAAAGGCGCAGGCGUACUCAAUAAUGUUUGGGCAAUCCACAUGGAUCCCAGACGCCAUCCUAAUCCUCGGCGUUUCCAGCCCGAACGCUACAUCGACGACACACAGAGUCUCUAUGACUCAGCAGCUAAUCCGGAUGGCACGAAGCGAGACGUCUUCACAUUCGGUGCAGGCCGGCGUAUCUGCCCAGGUAUGCACGUUGCAGAACGCAGUUUGUUCCUUGGCAUGUCUCGUAUCUUGUGGGCGUUCGACAUCGAGCCGGUGGCGGCUGAGACGGGCAUCAAGAUCCUGCCCGAUCAAGAAAGACUCACGCAAGGGUUCGUGUGCAUGCCGGAGGAAUUCCAGGCGAAGAUCACACCGAGAUCGCCAGCUAGAGCUGAAUUGGUCAGACAAGAAUGGCACGAUGCUGAGAAGGAGUGUCUGGAUCCUGAUACCAAGCAGUGGCUGCAACGGCCGUAACUUCGGGGCCGACUGAUCGGAUAUAUUACGCCCCAGGAGGACGACACCCGACUGACUGGUAGUCUCCUUUUCGUGUCAGCAGUUUGUAAGAGCGUGGAAUGCGCGCUGGCUCGAAAAGAGGUACAUCGUGCAGAAUCCGUACCGGGACCGUCGAGUGACUAAUCAUGCCUGAAGUCAAGCAGAGACCAUAGAGUCCGUCGGGCCCAUCUUGGUCGAAUAAUCAAUAGUCUUGCCAGGGCAGGUAGAUGAUGGAUUCAUCAUAGCAAUAUGAAAGGGCUGG